AUGGACAGUGUGCGUGCCGGUCCAUUCGGACAACUGUUCAGACCAGACAACUUCGUGUUUGGACAGAGUGGUGCUGGAAACAACUGGGCCAAAGGACACUACACUGAAGGUGCAGAGUUGGUCGACUCAGUUCUCGAUGUUGUACGCAAGGAGGCUGAAUCGUGUGAUUGUCUACAAGGCUUCCAACUCACCCACUCUCUUGGAGGUGGAACAGGUUCCGGAAUGGGAACACUACUCAUCUCGAAGAUUCGUGAGGAAUAUCCAGACCGCAUCAUGAACACAUUCUCAGUGGUCCCUUCACCUAAGGUUUCCGACACAGUCGUCGAACCAUACAACGCCACACUCUCUGUUCACCAACUCGUCGAGAACACCGACGAGACAUACUGCAUUGACAACGAAGCACUCUACGACAUAUGCUUCCGUACUCUGAAACUCACCACACCCACCUAUGGAGACUUGAACCACUUAGUCAGUGCAACUAUGUCAGGAGUGACUACAUGUCUGAGAUUCCCUGGUCAACUGAAUGCCGACUUGAGGAAACUCGCUGUGAACAUGGUGCCAUUCCCACGUCUCCACUUCUUCAUGCCUGGAUUCGCACCUCUCACCAGUCGCGGCAGUCAACAGUAUCGUUCUCUCACCGUUCCCGAGUUGAUGAGCAGAUGCUCAACGUGCAGAACAAGAACUCAAGCUAUUUUGUUGA